GGGGUGUCGGCGGUUUGAUCACGCUAGUCCGACAACUGCAGCACAAAUAAUAUAAUUAGUUACUCACUAGAGUUAUCUAUGUUAUAGAUCUCAACUUUUAGAUGGAUUGCAUGAUACUCCAAGAUUGCCUCUGGUGAUGAGUGGUGGUUUGUCCGGCAUCCGUUGACGCCUUUGAAAUUCAGACGAUUGCGUUGAUCCUAACAGUAUAUAUAUGCGAAAUUAUGGCUCCAUUACGCCUAUACAUCGAUGGAAGGACCUUCAGGGAUCAGCACAAUCGAGAAGUUGUCUUAAGAGGUAUCAAUAUUGAUGCCACGGCGAAAUUUCCAAAGACCCCAAAUCUACCCUCCUAUAUCCCGGACGAAUUCUACGAUGGAGAUAAUGUCUCCUUUGUCGGGCGGCCGUUUGCUCUUGAAGAUGCACAUACACAUUUCGAAAGACUAAGAAGAUGGGGUUAUAAUCAAAUCAGAUACAUCUUUACAUGGGAGGCCAUUGAACAUGCUGGCCCCGGAAAAUAUGAUGAAGACUGGAUAGAAUUCACAAUAGAAUUGCUCCGGAGUUUGAAAAAAUAUGGCUUCUACAUUUAUAUGGAUCCUCACCAAGACGUGUGGUCCCGGCACUCAGGUGGCUCUGGGGCCCCUAUGUGGACUUUAUACGCUGCUGGAUUCGAUCCUCGAAAUUUUAAUAUCACACAGGCUGCUCUCGUUCAAAAUACGUAUCCAGAUCCUGCUUCAUUCCCAAAAAUGAUAUGGAGUACAAACUAUACUAGACUUGUUUGUCAAACCAUUUUUACACUGUUUUGGGCUGGGAAGGAUUUUGCCCCCAAAGCUAUUAUCAAUGGCAAGAACAUACAGGAUUUUCUCCAAGGUCAUUUCAUUGCUGCAGUGAAGCAUUUGGCCAAACGUAUCCAUGAGGCUGGUGACCUCGAAAAUGAAGUCGUAAUAGGUUGGGAAAGCAUUAAUGAGCCUAAUAGGGGACUGGUGGGCUAUCAAGAUAUUUCGGUUAUCCCUCCGGAACAGCAGCUUCAGCUCGGUACCUCGCCAACCGCUUUCCAAGGGAUGCUGACCGGCUCAGGGCGCGCUUGUGAGAUUACUACUUGGGCCUUUGGAAACUUUGGUCCUCGCCAAACUGGGAGAGAACUUGUUGAUCCAAAAGGAGCCACAGUAUGGCUUUCGUCAGAAUAUAGCGAUAGCAAAUAUGGCUGGAAGAGAGAUCCGCAGUGGAAACUUGGCGAAUGUCUCUGGGCGCAACAUGGGGUUUGGGACCCGGCUACGGAUACCUUGCUAAAGAAAGACUACUUUGCGAAGGAUCCCAAAACCGGUGAACAGUUGGACUAUGAUGGCUUUACGAAUCAAUACUUUCUCGAGCACUAUCGAAACUAUAGGGAUGCUAUUCGAAGCGUUCAUGCGGACGCUAUCCUCUUCUGUCAGCCGCCGGUUAUGGAAAUCCCCCCGGCUAUUAAGGAUACGGCUGAUGAUGAUCCAAAUAUGGUUCAUGCUGUCCAUUUCUACGAUGGCCUCACUCUUAUGACCAAGCACUGGAACCGGCUUUACAAUGUUGAUGUAAUUGGUAUACUUCGAGGAAAAUAUCUCACUCCUGCAUUCGCAAUAAAGGUUGGAGAGACUGCGAUUCGAAAUUGCUUACGAGAUCAGCUCCACUUCCUUCGACAAGAAAGUCUAGAUCUUAUGGGAAAUCACCCUGCGGUCUUGACAGAAAUAGGUAUUCCGUAUGACAUGGAUGACAAGCACGCUUAUAAAACCGGAGAUUAUUCCAGCCAGAUCAGCGCCAUGGAUGCCAAUCAUUAUGCGAUUGAAGGAAGCGGAAUGAAUGGUUUCUCGGUCUGGACUUAUAUGGCAAUGAACAUACACAAGUGGGGUGAUCAUUGGAACGGCGAGGAUUUGUCGAUCUACUCUCUUGACGAUCCUGAAUUGCCUACCGCGAAGUCACUGGGACGGAACUCCCAAAAUCAGUCGAGUACUUCUCUAGAUCGCACUUCCCCUGCGUUCUCUCAAAGCCGAACCGAUUCGCUCAGCGGAAGUAUUAACCCAAAUAAUGUGAAGCAAGCGCUUUCCACACCCUCUAUCUCAGUCAAUCCCGCAUCAGAUGCCGAUCCAUCCAGCCAGCCUGGAUACAGAGCUGCAGAAGCGUACAUCCGGCCGAGCCCCGUUGUGGUACACGGAAACCUGGGAGGCUACGGCUUCAAUUUGCAAAACUGCUUAUUUACUAUGUCGUUAACCUCUCCGAUCCCUACUCCGGAAAAUGCGCCCACUGUCGUUUACCUUCCGGAAUUCCACUAUCCCAGCAUGCACACAGACGUUGCGGUGAGCGGCGGGAAAUGGGCUAUUGACACGGAAGAAAUUGGGUCCGGCAUCGUUCAGUAUUUGAAGUGGUGGCACGCAGAAGGGGAUCAAAGCAUUGAGAUCCGCGGUGCGAAACGAAAAGCAGGAGCUAUAGUGGAUACUAGCGACGAUGAAGCAUACCUUGAGCAGUGUCGUCGCGACGCCUGCAUUCUGAUGUAGAGUGUUGAAACUCGGGUAGAUGAAAUGAGUUGAAUGAUGCACAACAAUGAUCUCGGUUUAAGUGCUGUUACUUGUUUCUUGUUAUUUUAUAGCGUUUGGCCAUGCACACGAUGUCCUUGAUGGUGUUGUCAGUUUUCGGAUUUGUCGCGCGCUUAGGCUCACUUCCGCGUACCAAGAUUAGCGGGCGUUGACAUGUUUGAACACUCAAUGCGAAUGCUCCUACAACCAACUGGUGGUUUACUAUUUUGCACACUUGGGUGUUCAUAAUGACCUUGAAGCAUUUUCAAUCAAUCGGGCCAUCAAGGGCCUCGCGCAGUAUCAAUUCGAGA